GACGGUACAGUAGUCUUGUUCGGAAUCUUGCCCGGUGCGGACGUGGAUCCUCCUCUGGUCGCUUCCUGGACGUACCGCGAAGUAUCGGCUGAAACGAUGCACGGCAGUCAUUGGCCGUCCUGGAAAACUGUGAAUGUGUGUGUGCUUGUUUGUGUACCAGCAAUUCCUUAUGUGUGCGAUAGAUUAUGAAUGAAGUGUACAGUGUCUGUUUGCUGAUAGUGUUGUAGACAACCGUCCGAUAGACCAUCGGACCCCGAAGAUCCUGGUGCGUUUGUUGUAACGCCCCGAGCGGCCUGCAGAAGGUGGUCCAGUGAUAAGCGCCCGGUGACGACGAAGAGAUCGAAAGUGAUUUAGAAAAACACUGAUUGGAAAUAGCAGGAAGUUGUGCUGGUGUAUGCCUGUGUGCCUGUGAGUUCCAACGUUGUCUGUGCACUACCGACCGAUUAUCUCGUAUGUUUCCUGAACGGAUUUAACCGUUGGUGGCAAGCAAGACAAAAAUUUUUGCGCGCUCCACUACAAAGCUGACUUCCGUUUCUAGUGUAACAAUUAUUUCUACCGCAACAAAGUAAAACAUGUCUAUCCAGCGUGAAAUUGUGUUUCUCGUGAUCGGAGUGCUGCUGCCGUCCAUCAUCCGUGCGGUGGAUCCCCGCGAUCUUUACAGCUACAUGGAUGAAGCGAGCGAGGUACUGCCCCGUGGUGAUGAAGAGUUCCAGUACAUGGAUCUGGACAUGCCAGCCCACUUCUACAAUGAAAAAUACGACCGUGUUUACAUCAACACCAACGGCAUACUGUCAUUCGGUGGAGAGCUGACAGGCUUCCUGAAUCUGCCCUUCCCGCUCGGAAAUCCACUGAUCGCACCGUUCUACGCAAACGUCGAUACGACCCUGCCGAACGAUACGGCCACGAUCGUGUACUUUAAGUCGCGUAAUCCAACCCUGCUCCACCAUACGACGAUGCUGGUGCACAACAGCUUUAGCAACCAUGUCGAUUUCGAGGCACUGCAGGUGUUUGUGGCCACCUGGGAGCACGUGGGCCACUACAGCAUGAAGAACGACGUGGUGAACUCGUUCCAGGUGGCGAUUAUUCAGGGUGCGACCGAUACGUUCGUGCAGUUCCUCUACCCGGAGGAGGGCAUCAACUGGAUACAGGGCGAAACCGGUGACAGUGGACUGCCGGAUGUACGUGCACAGGCUGGCUUUGCGGCGGAAGAUGAUCGUACGUUCACGCUGCCCGGUUCCGGUACCGAUAAUGUACGCCAUUUGACCAUAUCUUCCAACAUAAACAAUCCUGGACUAUGGUUGUAUCGCGUUGGACCGCUCGCACCGGAAGGAAAUGUAGAGCAACCGGAUCAGCAGCGGGAACCGAGCGAACCGAGAAGCUGUACGGACGGUGGCCGCUACAAGUGCCAUUCGGCGGCAUCCUGUAUUAACAGCAACUGGGGCUUCUGCUGCCAGUGCAAACCCGGAUACUAUGGCAAUGGAUUCAGUUGUGUUAAAAGCGACAUUCCACUGCGUGUGGCCGGUAAAGUACUCGGUACAGUCAAUGGGGAAGUACUCGACACUCAGCUACAAUCGUACAUCGUAAUGGCGGACGGUAGAACGUACACCGCGAUCAGCCCACUAGAGGAGCAGAUGGGUACGAACUUACAGUUGACGCACAUUCUCGGUGGUACGAUUGCGUGGCUGUUUGCCAAACCUUUGGGUGAUACGAUCAACGGAUAUCAGCUGACGGGUGGACAGUUUAAUCACACCAGUACCCUGCAGUUCGAGACGGGUGAAAUGUUUCACAUCAACCAACGGUACAGCGGGUUGAAUGUGUGGGAUCAGCUCGCACUGGAUGUGGAGCUGACUGGACAGUUGCCCGCCGUUCCGACACUCGAAAAGCUACAGCUUGACGAUUACUCCGUAUCGUUCCGCCGCUCGGGAAGGGGACGAUUGCAAGCGGUUAGUUCACACAGCUUCCGGGUUGCGUCACAGGGACGCAACGUUUCGUACACCCUUCACCAGGACAUCACGUACGAAGGAUGCCGUGGCAGCGAGGACGCCAAUGCGGGUAAGGAUGAAUCAAUGCUAAAGAUCAGCCGUAUCAAUCUCGGCUACGAACCGCGGGAACGUGCCGUACGGAUGGGAAUGCUCAGCAAGAUGGUUGUGGGCGAUCACUUCAACCCAUGCGAUGAGUCCAACUGUGGAGAUAAUACGGUUUGCGUACCGAAACCGGACGAUACCUUUGAUUGUAACUGCAAGAACGGUUUCACCUACGUACCUUACGGUAAAACCGAUCGUAUCAACUGCGUAGACAUUGACGAGUGUGCAGGAAUUAAUAUCUGUGACGAAAACGCACAGUGCUACAACGAACCGGGAGGUUAUAGCUGCCGCUGUAAUCCCGGCUUCGACGGUAAUGGGUACCAGUGUGACAAAUUUACCGGCCACAGUCAACCGACCUCAUCGUCGUACACCGUGUCGACGUCUGCUAGCUACGGUAGCUACAACGAGGUAGACAGUGACCCGCAUCAGGAAGAGCCGGAUCGUUGUGAGCGCUGCACGGAAUUUGCCGAAUGUGUCGACGGUCAGUGCCAGUGCCGGUCGGGAUAUGUCGGUGAUGGUGUUACGUACUGUGAGGCACUUUGCGACGCGGAAAGCGUAUGGAAUGGAGAAGAGUGCGUUAAGGAGACGUACGUGGAGGAAGAAGAGAUUGCACCAUUCUGUACGAUUAUUGGUUGCACGUGUCCCACCGGUUACACGCUGAUUGAGUACGCAUUUAAUCAGAUCUGUCGCCGGGUACAGCUGGAUCCGGAAGAGGUGCAUCCCGCUAACAUGCCUGCAUGCGACGUGGAGAACAACUGCAGUCCGCACGCGAACUGUGAGUGGCGUGAUAGCGUGUACCGGUACGAAUGUAUCUGCAAUCCCGGCUACGACGGAAACGGAUACACGUGCGUGGAAAAGGAAGUAUCCUGCCAGGACGAUGAGGACAUUUGCGACAUUCAUGCAUCGUGUAACUACCUGCUCGAUUUGAAGAUGUCGAUCUGUGUAUGCAACAAGGGCUACGAAGGUGAUGGUCGAACGUGCGCUCUCGCACCGGAAUGUGGCGUUGAUGAUGAUUGUGGCAUGAACUCGGAAUGUCAGGAGGGGGUGUGCGUUUGUCAGCAGGGGUACGAGCGUGAUCUGUCCGACUUUUGCGUCCGUGCCGGAUCCUGCGGAGGGGCGUACUGUGCCGAGAAUGCGGUGUGUGUCGUCGAUCCGAUACAGAAAAUUCCCUACUGUCACUGUCCGCAGGGUUAUAUCGGGGAUGGGGUGUCCCAGUGUCGGUCGAUCCCACCGCCAUGCAAUGUGCGCAAUAACUGUGGACUGCAUGCUUCCUGUGUGCCAAGUUACAGGGACCAAUCUGCCUUUGAGUGCAUGUGUAAUCAGGGCUUCUUUGGUGAUGGAUUCGUCUGCACGCCGGAACGUAACUGUGCCAACAUUCCGAGCCUUUGCGAUCCGAACGCACGCUGCGAAUCGACUACGAACGGUUACCAGUGUAUCUGCAAGGAUGGAUUUAUCGGAAAUGGUUCCGUGUGCAAUACGGCCCACCGGCUAGAUGAUGGCUUCCUGCUCAUUAGCCAGGGUGUGGCGAACAUUCGCGUACCGCUAAACGGUGGGCUAGGUUACCCAGUGACGAUGGCUUUCAUGUCGAUCGGGCUCGAUCGUGACUGUGCCGAGGGACGCAUCUACUGGAGUGACAUCGCGGCCCAGCAGAUAGUGAGCGCCAAGUACGACGGCACGGAUCAGAAACCCUUCAUCACCAAGGACAUUGUGUCGCCGGAAGGUGUAGCUGUCGAUUGGAUUUCGCGCCGUCUCUACUGGACCGAUUCAGCGAAGGAUACGAUCGAGGUGGCAAGUUUGGAGAAUCCGGAGCAACGCACGGUGCUCGUUUCGAAGUAUCUCGUCAAUCCGCGGGGCAUUGCGGUGGAUCCGCAUCAGAGCAAGCUGUACUGGUCGGACUGGAACCGUGAUGGGCCGAAGAUCGAGUGGUCAAAUCUGGACGGUACCGAGCGACAGCUGCUGGUGGGCAGUCCACAGGUGGCACUGCCGAACAGCAUCCAAGUAUCGAUGGCUAGCGGAGAGCUGUGUUAUGCCGAUGCGGGCACGAAGAAGGUCGAAUGUAUCGAUACCUACAGCAAACAGAUCCGUACGAUCGCGAGCAAUCUAACCUAUCCCUUCGGACUGGCCGUUACCGAUGAACUGUUCUACUGGACUGACUGGAUAACGAAAAAGAUUGAGAGCAUCAACCUGUACGGUGUGCGCCAGAAACCGAUCAACUCGCCGGUGUUUGGCAAUCACAAAAUGUACGGCAUGACCGCCGUUACGGACAAAUGUCCACUGUUCCACAGCCCCUGCGUCAUCAACAAUGGCGAGUGUACGGAGGACAAGCUUUGUCUGAUCAAUCCGCGCGCACCAUCCGGCCGUAGCUGCAAGUGCAUCCGCAACUGCCAUGACGUCAUAUUAGACUACUAGUUACGUAGGGCAUGUGUUUGUCCACUUCGUGGGAUCUUCUACACACUGCCAGUAGCGAUUUUCUCCGUUUUAAAAUUCAAGCAAUUUAUCUUGCGUUAGGCUAUAGUUGAACAUGAAACACUUCUUGGCGUGAAGCGAUUUUCCGAAUUCUAUGGAAAUGAUUUUUGUGUUUCUUUUAAGUUCCAAUAAACUACACCAAAUUAACACGGGA